AGAAUUAUUUUCCGAAUCAUGAAAAGCAAAGGAAUCAUAAGGAAAGGUAAGGCUUAAGUAUGGUGAAACUCGUUGCAGUGAAGCCAGGUUCAGACCUUCGUCGACUGUGUUGCUGGACCCCACAUCGUUUCAAACUAAGCUGUAAAAAGUCGAGCAAGAUGGAUCAGAAAACUGGAUCCGAGGAACGCUUCAAUACAUAUGCUUCAAGAAGAUUCGCCAUUCCAAAGGUCCAGAGGUGUCCAAGUCAAGGAUGCAGACAUGUUCUAGAACCAGGGUCAAGACAAGCCAAGGACAUCCAGAGACUUGUCAACACACAAGUUCUUGAUGAACAGUUAAAAUUGGAGGAGAGGUGGUGCGUGGAUAAGGUCUGCCUUGUCUUGAAUGAGAAGCUGCAACAGGGCUUCUUCAGAAAGAAGCAAGAACUCAAACAAGAACUCACUAAGGAACCUUUAGAGUCCUUUGCGUUUGGGCUGACGCAGUGGGAGCAUGAAGCUGAUGCUGUUUGCGGCAGUGGAGACUUCAGCUGUCAGAGCUUGAAUGUACCACUAGGCAGUGUUGACCAAGGGGUCAAUGUGUUCUUGUACUCGGACGUUGUACUUCAGUGGGCUGAAAAGAAGGGCUUCAGGCAUCCGUGCAUGCUUAUCUAUAAGAUACUAAAGGGACGGACUAAGACGGUGACCAAAAGGAUGUCAACGAGAGAGCCCGCAUUGGAGCCUACGCCUAAUGCUGAAUGCCAUAUCUCCAGCAGCAAACCCAGCACCAGUGAGCCAAUCUUCAGACAGCUUAGUAAAUCACAGAUUUUCCUGUUUGAGUAUGAUGAAGAGGCUCUUCCAAGCAAGCGCCCACGGCACUGUCUUCCGUAUGCCACCAUCACAUUUGCAUCAAGAGUUUCUGAGACCACCCAACCACUGAAUGGAGAUGCCUUCUCAUGCACACGGACAGCUUCAUCCGAAGGCUCAUCAGAACAGGAAGGACAUGCAGCUGUGCCGUCACAUGUGAGAGAGACUGUAGUACCUGAACGACUGGAACGAAAAAGAAAAGCUGAUGUGUCUGGAUGUUCACCUCUUGCCAGACCACCAAGAACUAAGACUCAUCUAGGAUCCUUGGCAUUGAAUUCAGUUGACAUUUGUGUCACAUCAACAGGGGACAAAGAUAAGAUGUGCCAAUCACAUGCAAGGCCAUUUGCCAAAAGUGUAGAUGUAGGUGAAAAAGAAAACAAAGUUCGGAAAAUGUCUGAGAACCCUGAGGAAAAACAUAGGACUGAGAUCCAGCCAACAUGUGGCCGAAUGAACUUAUCGGAUCGGUUUUCAAAUUUCAAACCAAGUCAAACCAAAUUAGAUGACCCAAGGCUAGAGGAGAUGAGACAAAAGCAUCUCAAGGCCCUUGAGAAACUAAAGGCAGUAAGGACAGAUCGGAUCAACAAUGCCCUGCUUGGAUUUGGAUCAUCAUCUGAAGAUGAAACAUUUGCGACCAUUGAAAGUGAACAGUUAACUGACUUGCCUAAAAUCACCCCACCGUCUCUCAAGUCCGCUCCUGUCACAAAGGAUCCACCCCAAAGAAACGCACCGGAAAGGAACAGUAACGAGAGAAAAUCGGUACAUUCGGAGUCCAGUCAGAACACAACAGAGUCUAGUUUGGGAAGGUUGAAAAUAACUGUCACUAACUCAAAAAAAUCAAUUGAAACUAGACGUAUUGAAAAAACGGGAAAUCCAACACCUCCGUCAAAGCAGGAGAAAGGAAAGGACAAAUUACAAGGCAAACAGAGACAAAAAGGCCCCAUCAGUAAACUAUCGGUACCAGUGAGUUUACAAGAUGACCGCGGAUCAACUGCCAAAUGCACCAAGAGUGACGCACAUCAUGUUCAAAGGGAUCAGCGUCACAUAAAGGGUUAUAGGCCUUUUGAUAGUAACCAGUCCAGGACAGGAGGAAGAUCUCAAUCACCAAAAAUACCGGUACAUGUACCAGUGUCACGUGAAACCUAUGGAGAUAAUCGAAAAUUGAGCAAGGCAUCGCCUAGCCAAUCAAAGACAGGAGGAAGAUCUCAAUCACCAAAAAUACAUGUACCAGUGUCACGUGAAACCUAUGGAGAUGAUCGAAAAUUGAGCAAGUCAUCACCUAGCCAGGAGUUUGAUUGCUGUCAUUGUGAUAGACGUUCUCCUGCCACUGAAAAGUCUCGAGAUGGAGGUUAUUUUCGAGAAAGAAAGUAUUUCCCACGUGGGGGCUUUUCUCAAGAUAAAGGCUAUGGAAAAGAAAAAGCUUUUCUCCUGGUACGGCAUUUUCUCGAGGUAGAGGAUUUUCUGGCGGUAGAGGAGUUUCUCGUGGGAGAGGAGUUUCUCGUGGGAGAGGAGUUUCUCGUGGGAGAGGAGUUUCUCAGGGGAGAGGAGUUUCUCACGAGAGAGAAGUUUCUCACGGGAGAGGGGUUUCUCGUGGGAGAGAAGUUCCUCAAGGCAGAGGAUUUCCUCGAGGCAGAGGAUUUUCUCGUGGCAGAGGAUUUUCCCGAGAGAGGAUAUUCUCGAGGUAGAGGAGUUUCUCGCGGGAGAGGAUUUUCUCAAGGAAGAGCUAGAGGCAAGGUUCGAUAUCACUGUCCCAAAUAUUUUGAAUCUGAUGAUACCUCUCAUGUUUUUGAAGUAGAGGAAGAAAUAUACAAGGCAGCAUCAUCUAAGAUGGAAGAACCAGGGCAGUUCAGAGAUCACUCACCUGCUAAGAAGUAUGCAGAAGGUGCUUCAUCGUUAGGGAAUUCGCCAAGCGGUGAAGGAAUCCAAGAGAGUAGCAAAUCACAGGAGUGCAGACAAGCACCUUACAUACGGCUUCAAAGUAAAGAGUAUGACCCCAUAAAAGAUAGGGACUAUACCUCAAGUGCCUCAUCUGAACAGACCUUUACAAUUCCAUCACCAGAGAAUCUCAUGAUUGCUGCUGCACGUGAUCCAGUCAUUGAUUUUGACUUGGCUGCCUUUCAAGAGACUAUUAACAGUGAUUUGACAGCGUACCGAAGUUCAUUGGGUCUGGAAGAAAUUUCUUCAAGUGAUUCAGGUCCCAGUCCUGUAAAAGAGUCUGAAGUCGCUAGAGAUAACUUGGAAGUGCAAGAUAUGGAAAUUGAUGAGUCGUCAAGAGAAACCUUGUACAGAGGGUCCUUAUCACAUUGGGAAGGUUCAGGUGCAUGUGUCGGUCAAACCUGCAACAUCCCUUUAUCAGGAGCUGUAGAACAAACCAACAGGCCUCACAAUGUAACAACUUUCGUGGGCAUCAGCUCAGGUGGAAUUCCUAUCACUUACAGACCUCCAUUGUAUCAAAAUGAAGGGAUAAAUGCUGCACACAACAGUGGAAUGACAUCAGUAAUCACCUCUGCUCCUGUACAAGAAGCUAUAAAGAUACUCCAACAGCAAAUAUUGGAGGCAUCGACUUCAGAUCAAAGGAGAGUUCUUCAACUUGCUUUGGAGAACUUUGUCCAAAAGUGUACUUCUGAGAGAAAUGAAAGUAACCCUGUUACUAUUUUUGACCACAGAAACAGGGAAACCUUGUUAGUGCCUCAAGGACAGAGAAAUGAAAUGGUUUCAACAUACAUGAAUGAUGAGCACAUUCUCGAAGGAGUGGCAGAGUGUCUCGAUCACAAUGAAGUAGGUCAGGAGCAGGCAACUCAAAGCUCUUGCCUUGCACAGGGAUCAUCAAAUGAAGAAAGAGCUAAUGCUACGGUCAAACAGAAAACAAAAUCCAAGCAGCUGUUUUAUGGUCGACCCCUGAUAAUGAAAGGAGAGCCGCACGAGAUACUCAUGGAAAACAUGCCUGGUCAAAACAAACCAGUUGAUCCAAGAGCUGCUUUGUCGGCCCAGUUUGGUAGGAAGUUUGAAGUAAAUUUGAACACACUAUCAUGGAGUUGUGACUUUGAAAAUUCAAAACCGUCUGUUGAGGAUCCUGUGAAUGUUAAAACUGAAAGUGGUCUGCUCAGAAAGAAAGAGGAAAGCACAGUGAGUAAUAACGACCCAAGAGUCAAGAAGCAGAAGCUAGUAAGCCAGACAACAACUUGUUCAACCACCCUACCUCAGCCAGCUUGUUCAGACACCAAAAGGACAUCGAAAGAGAAUGAGGAUGUUGUUAAGUUGAAGCAAGCUGUGAAAGCUGUUCAAGACGGCUCCAACAGUCCUACUACGCAGUUCUUACAAAAGCUGCAACAUGUGAGCAACCUAAACAUAGCUGCCACAAGACCAGACCCUUCAAGUGACACUUCUGUUUCAAAAGAAUCUGCAUCUUCCAGUGAUGAAGCUUUAACAAAAGGACCGUGCAGCACAGGCCAAAGAGAAUCAAAAGUACAAGACAACAAGGCUUUAAUGGACACUAACUCAAAGCAAACAUCUUUUUCAGGGACACAAGAAAAGUCUAGGAAGCCAAGUGGAGGAACAUCCAGAUCAAGAAGAUACAGUAAUAGCAGUAGCUGCAGUGUGAAAUCCUCCACGAGUUGGUCCUCCAAGAGUAGCCGUGAAUCGGAACCUUACAAAGGGUUAUCACCUUUUGGAAGUGGAAGUGAUAUAUCCCCAAAUAGAAGUAGAUCACAACAGAGAAGCCAGUCACAUCGGAGCAGAUCUCCACAUAGCAGGAGAUCCCCACAAAAGAAAACGCGGUCACCGUAUAGGACUAGCCAUUCACAUUACAGUAGAUCAUCAAGGCACCGGCAUAGCUCAUCUCAACAGCGGAGUAGAUCACGUUCAUCAAGCCGUGGUAGAGGCUACCACCAAAAGACGUCCCCUAGAGAUGAUUAUGAUCAGCGUAAAAAAUCUAACGAGGAAUGUCGCUCUAGUUCAAAAAUCACCAGUGAACCUUCUCAUGGACUUGUUGAUGACAAUGCUGUUGAUGAUCUAUUUGGUAUCUCUUCAAAAUUAUCUGCUUUGCGUCACUCGGCCAAUAAAGCCACGAGGAAAAUGUCUCAUUUUCAGAUAGACAAAAAAACAUUCAACCAAAGUUGUUUUUCUUUCCUGGUUCAGUAUAACACCGUGUGGCACAAAGCAACAAAGACCUUGGCAUUGUUGAGAGAUGGCCAAAAUUCAGCCCCCGAUUCUCAAAAAAAUUCAUUUCAAAGUAUCAUCGAGAAAUAUGAGGACAUUACUGCCAAUGCUCACCUUCAGAUGGAGUCACUGGCGCAACGUUUUUCUUCAGAGGAUAUUGAUAAAGCUGGUAUCGAGGACUGGAAUUUCAGGCCUUUAAGUGGAGUUCCAGGAUUGUCGGAAAGAGACCACUUCAGGGUUCUUCAUAGGAUCAAGGAUAUUUACAAGCGGCAAAACCAAACGGCUGACCUUUCCUGUCUCGUCCGCAAGAAGAUGGACUUGCUUCAAAGGAAACUGAAGUCUGCCGCUAGCACUCGGCCCCAAACCCAUCCUAGUGGUGGCCUCCCCCAACCUCCAGGAAUGCACAUGACCCAAACUCAAACAUUGAUUCCACCUGUAGUUCAACAGAGGCAUUCGGAUAAUAAUCCCAACAGAGGUCUACGUGAUGUGAAGCCUGUACAGACUACGAUUGUAGGCCAUUCCCAGCAGUACCAUUCCUUGCCAGACCAGUCGCCAGACAUCAGAAGAGUUGUUCUCAGGAAUGUUAAGGCUGAAACUGCUGUACAUGUAGGUGUGGACCAACAGGGAUUUGGUGCCUCAAACCCUGCUCCUCAAAAUUCAGGUACUUGUAUCAUGCAGCGAAACAGUUGACUAAGGUGAGCAACGCUUGUUCAGGUGGAACUUCUUACAGCAAUAGAAUGUUGCUGCCUUGACAUGGACUAAGAUGUCACUCUUCCAAAGCGGUACCUACUCCAAGAUUCCAGGAGAUCGUCACUCCAGGCUAUCGGCAGCAUCACAUCUGUGACCACAGAAAAAUGGCUUCCCUGUUGUCACUAAGAACAACAGUAUGACAUUUCUCAUUCCCGGUCUUCGAACAUCCCUCGUCUGCAGGGGGAUGUGAACUUUGGACUUCCAAUUUAUUUCUCCCCAUUUUGAUUUAUUCAUUGUGCAGCUGUAUUCAAAAACGUGUUUAUUUUUUAGAAGAUCAGAGAUGUUUUAUGGGAAAAAACUAAGUUUGAAUUUUCAAGGUUUUGGAUUUUUCCCCAUGACAUUCCAAUUCAAGACUACAGUUUCUUGAUUACAAAAAAAAAAAAAUCAGGUUUACUCUUUUCCAAAUAAGAUUGAAAAAAAAACCCCAGAGUUUUAGCAUUUUUUCAGAAAAGUGGGGUAAGUACAUGUUUGUAAAAGUGUGUCUAAUGUAUUGCUGAGUAGAAUAAUUGGUCUUCCAAAUGCUUUUCAGUUUGUUUCAUUAGGAUGUUUGGUUCAAAAGAUACAGCACAAUCUCACAACACGGGACUUGAAAAGCCACAUAGGCCACUUUUUAUUUAUCAAAGUUACAGAUGGAAGAGAAUAAAUUCUUUGUGUGUUCUCUUACUGGGCUUUCUCUUUUUCAAGGAAAGUGGCCCAAAACAAUUUGUUAACUGCCAUAGCAUAAUGAGGAAUAACCCCCAUCUUUGACUUUUCAGGUUAAGUACAUCAUGUUAAAGUACAAAUCAUGGGCUUUCCAAUGAUACCAAAUUUAUUUCUGUAGCUGAAUUUAUUCCAAAGAUACGCCGUAGGAACGUCAACAACGUCUUGCCAACCUCAUUUUGAGAAAAACGGCUUUGAAAAAAAAGUUGCACCUUGCGCCACCAACAGCAUGGACAAAAUGUUCUUCAGGUUUUCCACUUUUGGGGGUAUUUUUUCCCCAACAAAAAUGCAUAGUAUGAAUCUUGGAUACCCUGACUACUCAAAAAUACAAAACAACCAAUAUAAAUUUUAACUUGAUUUUUCUACUAAUGUAUAUCCGACUUGAGGCGUCGAUUACUCAAAACAAGGUUUUGGGGGACAUUCCUCAUUUUGCCUCAUUAGGUCACAUUUUCAACCCUUGAGUUCGAUAAAGCGUAGUAGCCUUUGUUCCAGUGCAUCACUUUGAAUGAAAUAACGUUUGUAUGGUAGAUUAGUUAUCUGACUUUAGGAGGUAAUUUGAAAAUAUUCCAAGAGUCACAUGCAUACAAAUGUAACUUUAUUAAUUGGUUUUUGACUGUUAAGAGUUUUUGUGGAACAACCUGUAAAAGCAGCCAUGUUAGAAUUGUUAGGUGAUAUUACAGUCCUGGAACAGAUUGCUGAUUCGACAAAAUAAAUCUGGCGCAAACACUUUUUUUUUUUCUAUUUUGGCAGUAAAAGCAGAACUGCCUUCUGUUUUUCUUUCCACUUUUUAGAGCUAAAAUGCAUGGAAUAUCUACCCAUGUUUUGUGGAAAAGUUUGCGCUGCACUUAAAAGCCCUUUACAUUCAGCUGAUUUACUUUCUUUUAAAAGAACCUUUUUUAUAUUAUUUUUUUUUACUGAUUUGACAAUUUUGUACAUGCAUAUUUUUUUAAGGCAUGAUGGAGGUACAGCAAAAAGUGAUUAUAAAACCACAUUUCUUAAGGGGAGAACUAAAAGCGAUAUUUAAAAGACCUUUUUGAGAUGUUACAACAUGCCCUUUGCAUUCGGGCCGUUUGAGGUUUUUAUUUUUAUUUACACAUGUGCAUCCGUUUUUGUUAUAAUCUACAUGUUUUCAAUUCAGUAAUAUUGUAGAUAAGGUUUACACAUGUAUAACAUGUGCAAACUACACCUCAAAUAUAACUGUCAUGGAAAGAGAACAUGUACACGUAUACCUAUUCUGUAAAUAAUUUUGUGAACAGGCGGAACAGCAAGUAAAGCUAGUAAACUCAGCUGAAACAGAGUGUAAAUACGAAGCAGUUUUGGAAGUCUUGAAACUUUCCGCAGCAGGCAUCCCAGACAGAAGUUCAAGCUUGUUCCACUUUAAGUUCACAAAAUGGUUACAGUGUACAUACUACUUGUACUUGCCGUGGACAAAAAUUUUCCUUCAUUUAUGUUGCAGUACAAAUGAGGCCUUCAACUUUAAUGUGGAAAAAACACUGUAAGAGUAUAUUGUUUUGUACUUGUGAUUUUAACUAAAAAGAAAUGAGAUACAUGUACAUAAUUUAUCAAGGAUUUUAAGAUUUGGUCAAAUUAUGUUGGUGUACUGAAGGUCUUAUGUCAACAUGUUAUACUUAACAUUGUACAUGUAAAAUUCCAAAAUGUGAUCACUUCAAAUCAACACUUUGUAGUUUGUGAUGGAAGGUAUCUUAAUCAUUUUAAAUAAUACUUACGGAAUACGCUGUUUCUUUGAUUGCUUUGAGCCUACUUUAAGAGAUCAAAAAAAAGAAACAAUGUCAGACUUCAAGUACUAUAAAAUACUUUAUUUUAUUCCAGAAAUAUCCUCAAGGCUUCCAUGUUUAUGUGCUGGAUAACCUGGUUACCCUUUCCAAACUAAAAUGGCAUCUGAAAGGGCCAAAAACCCUUAAUCAUUUUUGUUGAAAAAAAAAGUAAUAAAAGGAAGCACUCAAAUAUUCUUGUUGAUAGUAAUUUUGUAAAAGACCACAAUCUUUUGAAUUUGUGUAACUAUUUGAAUUUAACAAACUCUCUAAUGCUACCCCACCCCCAACUGACUGUUAGUUUCAAGCAUCCAACUUUUCCUCAGAUCAGCUUCACGCUUAUUUCAAAAAUAAAAGUUGAAAAACACUAUACAAACUGUA